GUCGAAUCUGAAUGUAGUUGGAGCUAAGCUAUGUGGGACUAGCGGAAUACGCUUUAUAUAGACAGUACAUUCAAAAAAAUCUCGUCUCAAAGAAUUGGAUGAUCUUCGUGUUGUCCUCCAUACCAAACUCUAUUUUUACACCAUGAAUCAUCUCAUCAAAUCCUCCUCCAAACUUCCCAGAAUAUCCAAAUUCCACCUAAAAUUUCCAUCAAUCCAAUCAAAACCCACAUCAAAUGAUCAUCAAAUCACACAUAAACUCACUCAAAUCACACCAUUUUCAACCACAAAAUCAAACCCAAUUAACACAAAUAAUCCCAAAGACGAACCAAUUGAUGCAGGUUCUUCGAUUCGUAAACCGGUAAGUUUGUGGCCUGGGGUUUACCAUUCCCCAGUCACAAACGCAUUGUGGGAAGCAAGAUCAAAAUUUCUGGAAAAUGGUGUAUUUGAGGUUGCAGGAGAGAGAAAAUUACAAGAUGAAUUGGUGUCUAAAACCCCAUCUCAAAGUAGAACUUGUGUUGAGUAUAAAUUUUCAUCGGAUUAUGUGCUGAGAGAACAGUAUAGAAAUCCAUGGAAUGAAAUUAGGAUGGGUAAAUUGUUGGAGGAUCUUGAUGCUCUUGCUGGUACGAUUUCUUACAAGCACUGCUCCAACCCUGGUGGAAUGACAAGGCCGAUACUUUUGGUGACUGCUUCUGUAGAUAAGAUUCUUCUCAAGAAGCCGAUUCGCGUUGAUGCGGACCUGAGUCUAGUUGGUGCUGUUACAUGGGUUGGGAGGUCAUCCAUGGAGAUGCAGCUUGAAGUGUUGCAACCACCACAAGAUGGUUCCCAGAUGUCAAAUUCAGUGGCUCUUGUAGCUAAUUUCACAUUUGUUGCACGGGAUAGUGAGACUGGAAAAUCAUCUCCAAUUAAUCACAUCUCACCAGAAACAACACAAGAAAAAUUGCUGUGGGAGCAAGCAGAAGCAAGGAACAAGAUGCGAAAAAUGAAGAGGGCUGAACAGAAUAAAGAAAAAGACAAGGAUGUGAGCAGGAUUGAUAAGCUGUUGGCUGAAGGACGAGUAUUUGUUGAUUUGCCAGCUCUAGCUGAUAGGGACAGCAUUCUUAUAAGAGAUACUUGCCAACAGAGCUCCAUGAUUUGUCAGCCACAGCAGCGAAAUGUUCAUGGUCGUAUCUUUGGUGGUUAUCUAAUGCGCAAAGCAUCUGAGCUUGCCUUUUCAACAGCAUAUACCUUUGCUGGAGCCUCACCUCGUUUUGUAGAAGUUGAUCAUGUUGACUUUGUGAAACCGGUGGAUGUUGGUAAUUUUCUUCGUAUGAAGUCCUGUGUGCUCUAUACCGAACUUCAGAACCCAGCUCGGCCACUUAUCAAUGUGGAAGUUGUUGCUCAUGUUACAUGUCCUGAGCUUAGAAUCAGUGAGGUUUCAAAUAAGUUCUACUUUACCUUCACUGUCCGUCCAGAGGCCAGAACAAAUGGGCUGAAGAUAAGAAGUGUUUUCCCUGAGACAGAGGAGGAGGCAAGGAGGGUGGUUGAGCGUAUGGACGCAGAACACCAACACGACAAUUAGCAAUGUAAUGUAAGGUCAUCUGUCUUGAUAAAUGGGAAGAACAUACAAUCAUUGUACGAGGGCAAAAACAAAAAUAGUACAGUAAUUGUUUUAUUCGUUCUGUAAUGCUCAGUAGAUUCUUUCCCCUCUCUGUCGCGGCUUCUGAUGGCAGAGAGGACAAUGAUUGAAAUUAUGAAAGCAACCUUUGUAAUAAUAUUAACACAAGUCCAAAUUCAAAUUGAAGUUUGUAUAAAUAUUUGAAUCGAAAUACAACGCAAUUUUUUUUA